AUGGAAGGCUCAACGUCUUGCGCUUCCGACAACGAUGCAAAUACUUCAAGAGAAUCAGAAACCAUGAUCGAAAUGCGUAAUGUAACAACACCAGCUCCAGGUAGCAACAAUUCGUCAUUUGUAAAUGAAGCUCCAAGUCCUUUAGGACAUCUUGAUCCUCACAGACUGAGGGACAUGGUAGUCGAUAAACAAACAGCAUGUCAGACGCAGGUCGAAUCUCCCUAUAAGCAACCUUAUUGGACUCCUUCGCCUGCUGAUCCUUCCCAGUCACCUUCGUCAAAUAUCCGUUCAGUACCGACCAAUUCAAGUUCUCCAGUAACAUCACUUAUGCAGCCACCUAGAUUACCAGGUGGUACAAUGCGAGAUUCAGCUUUGUUAUCUCCAAGUGUUACACGCACUUCCGUACAACAACAGCCAAUGGGAAUGUGUUUACCGGUUCGUAGUCCAAUGGGAAGUCCAAGUGGUAUGCAUCCACCACCCUCGCCGUUCAUAAGUCGUCCUUCCUCAAAUGCUUCUCCUUCUCCAUAUAUGCAACCACCACAAACUCCUAUUCAUUAUCAAGCAAAUUUGCAAAGUCCAGCAGAGUUUGCACCACGACGUUUACCUCGUUUUUACAAACAAGAUUUAACAGUUCAGGGGAAAGUGAUUUGUUAUGAAUUCUUAAGUCGUAAAUUUUGCAAAAAGUAUAGUUUGGAAGAAAUAAUUAUUAACAAAAUAGGUGUGAUACCGUCAAGCCACGUACCACCUUCGCCUCCCUGUACUCCAUAUCUUUCACGAAUGCCAGCGGUGGGUCCACCACAACAGCAAUAUUCAUGCCAUGCGCAAAUGCAACAACCUCAGUGGACAAGUCAACAAACUCAGCAGCAUUUUGGUUCCGGACCUGUGCAUCGUGUUAUGAUACAGCGACUCCCUUACUCAGGAUAUCCACCAGCUAUGUCGCAGCUGCAGCUACAAAACAGUCAGCAUCCUUCAUCUUCCAAUGUUUUUCCAGCUGUCGCUUCCGGAGCAGCAGUUACGCCAGCAUCACGGGGAACCAUGUAUCCACCGCCGUCAGUAGUCGCUUCUCAACAAUCUUCUGGACCACAAUCUGCUCCAUAUCCGCUACAAUCUUGCUAUCAAUCUAAGGGGCUGCAACAGCCAAAAUAUUCUGUUCAAUCUCCAGUCUAUCGUCAACAGCAGCCACAAUCGGUGUCAGUGAGAACCUACCUUGGCAACCAACCAUCGUCGUUGUCUGCCUCUCCUACUUAUCAGUGUUAG